AUGAGCUGCCAAGCAUUUGCAUCCUCAGACACCUUUGUGCCCUUGAAUUCUGACUCUUCUCCCUCCCUGCCUCUGAUAAUGCAUCACAGCGCUGCAGAGUGCCUGCAGGUCUCCAACCACACCACCAAUGUUGUGUCUACAGGCCUGCACUACUCCGUGCCCUCCUGUCACUAUGGGAAUCAACCUUCCACCUACGGGGUGAUGGCAGGCAUCAAGCCUGCAACUCCAGAGAUGCUCUCAGCAAGUCUCUCCCAGACUCGUAUCUUACAGACCUGCAGCAUGCCUCACCCCAAUGUGGUAAAUGGUGUCAGCACCUUGCAAAGUGGCCUGACCCCCUGCCUGUACAAGUUCCCGGAGCACGCUCUGGGCGCCAGCUCCUGUGCCCUGGGCCAUGGCUUCACUGCCCUGCCCCAGCCGCUGCUCACGGACGAGCCCGUGGCCACGGAGUUCAAGCAGGAGUUCCGCAGGAAGAGCAAGCCCGCGGAGGAGCCCGUGGACAUGGACUCCCCGGAAAUCAGGGAGCUGGAGAAAUUCGCCAACGAGUUCAAGCUGCGGAGAAUCAAGCUGGGUUAUACACAAACCAACGUCGGAGAGGCCCUGGCUGCUGUGCACGGCUCCGAGUUCAGCCAGACGACGAUUUGCCGGUUUGAGAACUUGCAGCUGAGCUUCAAGAAUGCCUGCAAGCUGAAAUCCAUCCUGUCCAAGUGGCUGGAGGAAGCAGAACAAGUGGGAGCUUUGUAUAAUGAAAAAGUUGGAGUGAAUGAACGGAAGAGGAAGCGCAGAACCACCAUAAGCAUCGCUGCCAAGGAAGCCCUGGAGAGGCACUUUGGAGAACAAAGUAAGCCAUCUUCUCAGGAAAUCAUGAGGAUGGCUGAGGGGCUCAAUCUUGAGAAGGAAGUUGUGAGAGUUUGGUUUUGCAACAGAAGACAAAGGGAAAAAAGAGUGAAGACCAGUUUACACCAGAAUGCCUUCAGUUCUAUUAUCAAGGAGCACCACGAAUGCCGGUGAAGCUUUUCCACGUACACAGGCGGAUUUCUGUUUUGCUUUUU